AUGUCAUCCUCAGAGAGCAAGCCCAUAGCGGCGUAUCUGGGACCCAUUGCAUCGUAUUCUCAACAGGCAGCGCUGCAAGCCUUUUCAGAAGCUGUAUGGUAUCUGAAACCUGUCACCACUAUCGAUGAUGUUUGCGAUGAGACUCAAGACAAGCAUGUCCUUCUUGGCAUCGUACCAAUUGAAAACUCAACCAAUGGCUCUGUCGUUUUUACGCUAGACGACCUGGCGGACAGAGACGGACGUUACAAGGACUUAUACGUAAACGGCGAGAUUUACGUUGACGUUCAUCACCAAUUGCUAGGCCAUAAGAAGGCUAGUACUACCGGCCACGGCGUAAGCGGCACGUCCACGCCGACGGCAGCCGAUCCGACGCCCUCCAAGCCCAGGAGCAAGCCAUUGGAGAAUCUAGACCAUGUCAAGAAGCUGUAUUCACACCCGCAAGCUUUCGGUCAAUGUACCAAGUUCAUUUCGACAUAUCUCAAGAACGCGGAAAAGUGUGACGUCAGCUCGACCAGCAAAGCCGCCGAGCUCGUGGCCGCCGACAACAGCGGCGCGUCGGCCGCCAUCUCCAGCAAGCUCGCCGCCGAGCUGUGCGGGCUCGACACACUGGCAGCGGCCAUCGAGGACCGCGAUGACAACACGACGCGCUUUCUCAUUAUCGGCACGCAGCCCACGCUGCCGCGUGGGUACCCGCUCCGGCAGGACCCGGCGCGGCGGACCGGUACCAAGUCUCUCGUUACGUUUACGGUGCCGCACAAGAGCCCCGGGGCGCUCGCUGACAUACUGGGCUGCUUUCGCGAAUUCCAGCUGGACCUCACGAGCAUCAACAGCAGGCCGAGCCUACUGGGCCCUUUCCAGUACAUUAUCUUUGUGGAAUUCGAGGGCCACAAGUUGGACGACCCGGAUGGUCGCGUGAACAGCGCGCUGGGAAAGAUUGAGAAUAUGGCGCAAAAGCUUAGAUGGCUAGGCAGCUGGUACACUUAUAGAUGA